UGCCGAGUUAUCCCUCAGCGCGGGGCCGGCCUGUGCUUCCCGGGGGCCGCGUCCUGCACGGGGUGCCCUCGGGGGGCGGCCGUCAGGCAGGCAGGCAGGCGUGGUCCAGGCACAGGGACGAGGCGGUCACGGCCCCUCUUAAUUAAUACUGGUCACGCAAUUACCAAGUUUACAGCCGCUAAUUACGUGCACGACUGGGGAGACUGGCGGGCAGGGUGGGCGUGGGCUGGGGUGUUGCUGCCCGCCGCCACACACUGACACAAGGGACACAAGUAUUCCAAAAUGUAGAGCAGUGGUCAGUGUAGUGCCACAGCAGCACCACCAUGGAGCUUUCCCCACACGUGCAGGAAAAGCUCCUCCCGGGCCACAAACUCACUGCUGUCAUUGAAGCGGGACUUGUACAGGAAUUUGUUAAGACAACGCGUGUCAUUGCACUGGUUGAGGUGGCUUCCCAUGAGUCUAAGCAGGGUGGUGAACAAGCCCUUCUUAUUUUCCAAACUGCCCGAGUCCCUGUCCACAGUGCAAUUGAUCUUAGUAUUGAACAGAUCAUACCCAUUGACACCAAUCUCAAAUGUGAAAUUGACACAUCAAGCACUGAUGUUGACACAGACGUCCUGGUGAACGUCACAUCCGGCAAGCUUCGAAUUUUAUUUGAAAUGCCAUUCGGCCAGAGAACAAACACCUUUGUCUCGGAAAUCUUAAGAGCAGCUGAAGUGAUAGGCAAGAGGAGGGGGCCUCCACCCGAGUUCACAUGGCUGCAGCCAUACCAGCAGAGCUCUAGCAAUGGCCCGCAGGAGAAGGACACUGUCAGCACAGCCUCCACUGUGGCGGCGGGCGACUUGGACAGCCUGGCCCCGGAUGCUGCCAGUCUGGGUGAUGUUAGUGUGGAUGUAGCCCAGACCUCACCCCCACCCUACCUUCACCCUGCUGUCAGUAAUGCAGAAAGCAGUAGUUUGCAUAAUGAUGAAGACAGGAGUCCUGAGCUAAGAGUCAACCGCCACAGCAUUGCUGCCGGGCUGUCCCCAACACCCAUUGCUGCCAGAGAGAGCCACAUCAAGUACCAGAUGACCUUGAGAGAAGAUGCUUACACUGACAUCCAUGAGUUCACAGUGUUUGUGGGGACCUGGAAUGUGAACGGGGGGUCACCAACGGUAGGAUUGUCUGAGUGGCUUGCAGUGGAUGCUGAGCCCCCAGAUGUGUAUGGCAUAGGUUUUCAGGAGCUGGAUCUCAAUACAGAGGCUUUCCUCUUCAAUAACACACCAAAGGAGAAGGAAUGGCUAAAUGCAGUGCUGACUAGUGUCCACCCAAAGGCAAAGUUCCAGAAGGUUCGGCUGGUACGCCUGGUGGGCAUGAUGCUCAUUGUGCUGGUGCAGGAGAAGCACCUGGCCUAUGUGCGAAAUGUUGCUGUGGAUACUGUGGGGACUGGCAUCAUGAAUAAGAUGGGCAACAAGGGAGCAGUGUCAGUGAGGCUUGACCUUCACAGCACUUCCAUCUGCUUUAUCAAUGCCCACCUAGCAGCUCACCAGGAGGAAUUGGAGCGCCGCAAUGAAGACCAUGACUGCAUUUUUCAGAGAACCUGUUUUCAGAUGAACAUGAAUAUCAACAGUGUACCCAAGGCUAUUAAAGACCAUGACCACAUCUACUUUCUAGGAGAUAUGAACUACAGAAUUAACCCUUGCGACAUGAAUAUAAGGGAGGUUGCUAGUAGUCCAGACUUUAUAAACCUGUUGGAGCACGAUCAGUUGCUGCAACAGAAGAACCAGAAACGAAUCUUCCACAAGUUCAAAGAAGGGGAAAUUACCUUCAAACCAACCUUCAAAUAUGAUACUGACAGUGAUGAAUGGGAUUCAAGUGAGAAGGCCAGACAGCCAGCUUGGUGUGACAGAAUCCUAUGGUAUGGAGAGGGCAUUAACCAACGUGUGUACCGGUCCCACCCAGAGCUGAAGACAAGUGACCACAAGCCUGUCAGUGCCUUGUUCACAGCUGGAAUCAAAGUAAUUGAUACUAGGAGAUAUCGACGCAUUUAUGAGGAGGUGAUGAAGAAGUUGGACAAGCUUGAGAAUGAGUUCCUACCUCAAGUGACCAUUGAUACAACAGAAAUCAUAUUUGGACCUAUCAAGUUCCUACAAGCACAAACCAAGUACCUGACCAUUGCUAAUACUGGACAGGUGCCUGUCCAAUUUGAGUUCAUCAAGAAGCUGAAUGACACCAGUUACUGCAAGCCGUGGCUGUCUAUAAGACCCUACGUGUACUUCAUAGUGCCAGGUGACAAGUGUGACGUGGCUCUGGAGGUGAUGGUGGACAAGCGAACGGCCUCCCAGCUGAACUCAGGUUUGGACAAACUGUACGAUAUUUUGGUGCUGCAUUUGGAGGGAGGGAAAGAUCUCUUCAUUACCAUCAAUGGUGAUUAUGAGAGGAGUUGCUUUGGCUCAUCCAUCAAUGCUCUAGUGCACAUGAAUAAGCCGUUCAGGGAGGUGCCAGUAGCCAAGCUCAUUGACCUGGAGAGUAGCCACCCUAAAGACCUGAGUGAGAUGCCAUAUGCCGUCCCUAAAGAGCUGUGGUACCUAGUGAACCACCUCCAUUCUCAUGCCCUUCAAGUCAAGGGACUCUUCACCUACCGUGGCCUUCAUAAGGAAAUUAUUGAAAUCAGAACCAGCCUGGAUGAGGGGGUCCCCAAUGAUGUGCUGCCAGGGAGUGUGCAUUCAGUGGCUGAGGCACUCCUGCUCUUCCUGGAAGCACUACCUGAGCCAGUCAUCCCUUACAACCUCUACCAAGCAGCUCUAGAUGCCACACCUAACUUCUCCUUAUGCAAAGCAAUUAUCUCAAAGCUACCUGACCACCAUCGCACUGUAUUCACCUACCUGAUAGCCUUCCUGAAGGAGCUUUUGAACCACUCCAAUGAUAAUGAGCAUGACAUCAAGACACUCGCCCAUAUUUUUGGAUGCAUCCUGCUGAGGGAAUCACCCAAUCAGCUAAAUGAGCGGCGUGUCCCUAAAGAGGCUAUUGAGAGGAAGAAGCAGACAUUCAUCCACCACUUCCUCAUGAAUGACUAUGAGUAGCCUGUGACUCACCCACUGCUAGCUUGUUGUUGUUAAAACCAUUGUAUAUAUAUUUGAAGUGCAAUUGCUACCUGAUCACAAUAAUUCAAUGUUGAUAAAAAAAUUAUGUUGAAAAUCUCGUCUCAUAAAUACUUUUGAGGAAUUAUGAAAUUAUUUCUUUAUUUUAGAGAUGGCAACUCUGUAUCCCAGUUUGUGUGGUGCAAAUAGUCUAAAAUUUUAGGCUCAUAUAAUACAUGAGGGGAAGAAGGGGUUUAGGAACUCAAGCCUUCCUUCUUGUACCCAAACAAGGUCACAGAACAUAGAAGUGUAUACUGUGUCUGUCCAGGAUCCACUUUAUCUUUGUAGACAGACAGGCAUGUGUGGGUGACUUGGGUGUUAUGUGGAAUAUGUGGACAGUGCAUUACUCCUGUAUGAAUGGUAGUGUGGCCCAUUCUUAAGAGCAGUCAUUCCUUCUUGGACGCUCAACUGUUUUCCUGUUUCCCCAAGUUGUGUCCUCUACACCUGGACGUGAGUAAUUGGGGUGAAAUGGUGGUGGUGAUUAUCAUUAUUAUUUAUUUAUUAUUUUUUCAUGUGUAAAUGUGUGUGUGUGUGUGUGUGUGAUUGUAUGCUUGACUGCAUAUGUAGUUGUUAAUUUUAUUCAGUUUCAGGAAGAAUAAUUAGGUUCCUGUUUUAAAGGCUUCCCACCAGCAGCAUUAUCAAGUGAUUGAAGGUAUGUUGGUAUGUUUACUGUGUAGAAGUGGCUUUCUUCUCAGGGUUCCCAGACUAUAAAUAUUUUAUUGGUCUAUUUAGAUUCCAGAUUCAGACCGAGUGUUGCUAUUACAGGUUUCGUAAUAAAAAAAACUGGAUAUUGAAGGAUGGGAUAUUAUAUUGGGUGAUUGGCAACUAAGAAGGGAUUGAUAGUUCAUUUUAGAAAAUAAAGAAUAAAAAAUAUUCAAAGUACACAACACUUGUGUUGUGUACUUUGAAUAUUUUUUAUUCUUUAUUUUCUAAAAUGAAGCUAUUGUAAUAGCACUAAAAACACAGGCCUGAGUAAAACCAAAAUAUGUACCAUUAGAUAUUAUGGUGUAUGAAAAAGACAAGGGAACUCCAUGCCUAAAUAACAGGUGAGAGGAAAUAUAUUUCAUUCUAGAUUAGUUUUAAAAUAUUACACUACGCUUUCCUCAUCCCUAAUGACAACACUGCUGAUGGUUACCUUGUAGCCAUAUAUUAAUCACUAUCCAAACUUAAUCAUUAGGUUGAGAAUCUGUUUAUUCCUCUUCAGUCCAUUCCAUUUUAUUAUGUAUAUCAACGUUCAGGUGACUGGUAUGUAUGAGUAUAGUGUCCAUUUUCACCUCUCUGUGCUGUUUUAGUGCUGCCUAUGUCUGAAAGAUUAUUAUACAUUUUAGAGAGUACGUUUUAUCCCUCUGAUGCCUUGCUUGCCUGUUAGUGGUGGGGCUCAGUGGCAGAACUUAAAGAUCCAUAGGGAGAGAAGAUUUUAGUAUCUUUUCACCUUGAAAUAAGUAUUAUUAUUCUGAUUAGUGUUUGGUUCUAGUAAUUUAUUGAGAAUGCUUUACAUGGUAAUGAAACUGAUUUGUUGAGUUAUUGUCCAUUUUUCUUUGUGUAUUGUGAUUCUACCUCCUUUUUCUUUCAUUUUGAUUCAUAGCUUGGAGAAAGAAGAGAGCUGGCAGUUUUUACUGUGAAAUAUUUUUUCUAGUCUUAUUGUUAUGCAGUUAUGCACUUAUAAUGAGUGUAGAAGCACGAAUGUUUAUUAUUUAUGCAUACCAUAUUUAUAUUACAAAGAGUCUGUCCAUCUAGAUUAAAUUUUAUUAAGAGACAGACUUUCAGCACAUCAGACGUCAUGGCUGUCUGUAUUCAGGGUAUGUCCUCUGAUUGUACAAUUUUGUAAAAGUUUUUUGUAACAGUUAUGCAAAAUGCAAUUAUAGAUAUGAGGGUAUGGAA